CUCCUCUCCGCCGUCUUUUCUUCCUCCUUUCCUUCCUUUCUUCCUUCCUUCUUUCGUUUCCUUCCUGCAUCGUUGACCGGUGAAAUUGCACGUUCCUCGGUUCAUUCGACGCGCGACCAUUUCGUCGACGUGACCGUAUUUCGUUUUGAUUCGAUUCGGGGCGAUAGAUCGAUAACACGGAUUCGUGGAGGAUCGAACGGGGAGAGAAUCGUCGCAGGAGGGCACGAAGAACCGACGUCUCGAUCCGGAUCGGCCCGUUGAGAAUGACUUUCCGGUACGAAGCUGCACUACUGGCCGAGUGUAGGGGACUUUUUCGCGAACUUGUGAAGUGCGCACUUUUUUGCGAGGUGGCGUUGUGCAGAUAAAACGCAGAGCGUUUCAAUUCGGUUCAUUGUUUCGGUCAUUAGCUUACGCGGCAUGACGAGUGAUAGGUGUGCUUUCGCGAUAACGCAUCUACUUUCUUCGAACUGUGAUUCCUUUCUGGAUAGUGUUGUGAAUGUGCCUUAGAGAUACGAAAACCUUAACAGCCGUGUUUAGCCGCGAUCGCCGAGAAACAGGUGAAUAAACAUAACGAUGGUAGAUACGCAACACUUUUGUCUGCGAUGGAAUAAUUACCAAAGCAGUAUAACGUCUGCGUUCGAAAACUUGAGGGACGAUGAGGAUUUCGUGGAUGUCACACUGGCCUGCGAUGGCAAAAGCCUCAAAGCGCACCGCGUCGUACUUUCCGCUUGCAGUCCCUACUUUAGAGAAUUGCUCAAGAGCACACCGUGUAAACACCCGGUGAUAGUACUUCAGGAUGUAGCGUUCAGCGACUUGCACGCGUUGGUGGAGUUCAUCUAUCACGGGGAAGUGAACGUGCAUCAACGUUCCCUUAGCAGUUUUUUGAAGACCGCCGAAGUCCUGAGGGUGUCGGGACUUACGCAACAGACGGACCAAACAGACAGGGACGAGUUGUCCCAUGUCCGCGCGUUGGCCGCCGGUGGCAAUCAUCUUCCCUUCCACGAGAAAUUGGAAGAAAGCUUCCCACGGGGUGGUUCACCCCCUACGCCGGUCACUUCGACGCCCACCACCGUGCAACAACUUCUACGCAGAGCACAGAUACGCAGGAACGAGAGACGAACGCCGGAUCCUCACGAUGAAUCGGCGAAGAAGCCGAGGGUGCCGUCGCCGCCGCUCAACAACAACGACGCGACGCCCACGGAUUUCUCGAUGGUGAAAAACAACCAUCUGUCGACCAAGGUCGAGGGUAACGGCGUGCACGAGGAGAACAGCCCUUUGGAAGACCAGAUCAAGUGCGAGCCGUUGGAGUUGACCGGUGGUAACAGCGGUAACGGCGGCAACAACGAGGACUCGUCGGACUCUGGAGCAGCGGCGUCGGAUCGACCACCGGCUUCCGCGAGCAGUAACGAGCACGAGAUCGAAUCCGAGCACACACCCACCUCGAAUUUUCUGCCGGAAUCGAAAAUUUUCCCAGCCACGCCUGGAAGCUUUAAUUUCAGUAUGGCAGCACUCGCCUCGGAGCACACGCCAUUGUCAGUGAAAUUUCCAGGAUUGGGCCACGGGUUGCAACCACCGGACUUGGCAGGUACUUCGCAAGGUACGGGCAACGGGAUGCAUCCAGCACCGUCGACGCCUCCCUCUGCCAUGUACCGGAUGCCUCCGCCAACGGCGGGUGGUAUAAACGAGCCUCAGGAAUGCCCGUACUGCCGUCGCAACUUCUCAUGCUACUACUCCCUGAAGCGUCAUUUCCAGGAUAAGCACGAGCAAUCGGACACCCUCUACGUAUGCGAGUUCUGCAACCGCAGGUACCGAACCAAGAACUCGCUGACGACGCACAAGAGUCUUCAGCAUCGUGGCUCCAGCGGUAUGCUCAAGAGGCUGUUGAAGACCACGGCGAUCAAGAACGUUCUAGGCAGCAUGCAACAGGCCCAGAUGCAGCAACAGCCGCAAUGAAAAUGUCAGAACCGUCUUACAGUCUCCUCGUUCCCUGGACUCGCCGCAUCGUCGUACUCUCAUCGUCAUCGUCCGCGUCCUUGCCACCAUCGUCGCUCGUCGAUCUCAGCGUCCGCUGCGUCGUCGCGGAACGUUGCGAUCGGUCAUUGUCGAUCUUUACCGGACCAAAGCACGCCGCCGCGAUGCGUCUGGAUGCGCCAGAGAGCGACGAGACGCGCGUUUCCGGUUCGCCGAGUCGUCGCGCAUCCUCCGAAGGUCGAUCGAACGAAUUCUUUUCAUGGCACGCGUUGAUCGUUCCCGAGGACGUUCAUCUCUCGAAUCGAUCGGCUUCUCUUUGCCGAUUUCCCAUCACCUCUCGUUCGUCCGUAUGUUCCCAUCGGCCGACAAUCGCGCUUUUCACACCCUCCUACGCCUCGUAGUCGUCGUUUUGUAGUUCUCCUCGAGUCAAGACUGCGAUUAAUCCAAAGAAGAAGAAGAAGAAAACGGCGAAGAAAAUCGACUGAGAGACACGCGAUCUCGUAAUAUUUUCACGAUACGUUUCGUUGGAUUUCAACGAUAAUGGUAGCUGUGGCGCGUGCACGCGCACAACGGCUGAGAAUACAUUCCAUUGCUUCGGUUUCCAGCCCCGCUGUCCGGAAGCGAGUGGCCUGGGCCGAUUCCGACGAGGUCUCGAACGCGUAACCGUUUACCGAGGGACUGACUCGAUCGGGACGUCGAGGCAACGCUUCUACAGGCAAACACGCCCCUUUUUUCAAAUUCUAUGUCACGAGAUUAGCCUUUCAGAAGAGAUACGGAUCCUUUCGGAAUAAUUAAGACGUAACGAAAACGAAAAAAUAGUAUUUUUCUUCCGCAAAAACGAGCGUGACGUUGCCUGUUUCGCGCGUUCGUUCGUUCGAGUCUCGAACACAGUCCCGUGACACAUGUCAAUUUACAAGAUUAUCUUGCUAACGACCAUAGCGCUAGAUCGGUUCGACCGUUUCAGUAGGGGAAAGGGUUUAGAAGCAGCGACUUCGAAUCGCGUGGCAGGUAAACCGCUAAAGACCAGGAACAGCAUGGCGACAGGGAUAUGGAGAUUGAGGAAAACGUGUGUCAAGAAUGACCGAAACAUCGUGCUGUACAUAGAUGUUAACGCGUAUACGCGUGUACGAAUGGUAUGCGUGAAGAGUGAGAAAGAUGGUGUGCGUAUUUGAGUGUCGAGUGUACGGCUCUGUUGCUGGAACUUUUUACGUGCACGCGCGCGGAACGCAUGGGUAUUCUCGGAUGUUAGGGAGGUGGGGAAUCGUAGAUCGAGUAUCUUAGGCCUAAAUGAAAUUCAAUUACAAAGUCUACAAAAUAUGUGCUCAAAUUUCGGGAAUAGGGAGUGGGUUAGAAAGGAUCAGCGAUUUCGGCAAUCGAGAAACGGACGGGAUCGAUUAGAGACGAAUGCAUCGCGAAUUAGCAAAAUAGGCCAUGUAGAGCAGGAUAAGGGAAACAAAAUGGGAAUGGAUUUAGAGGAGUCAUUACGUGUUGACAAAAAGGGAGCGGAGAAGCGUUAGAUAAAAGUGCAAGUAGAAGUUAGAUAUUGGGCUCUUACACGUGUACAGAUCCGUCGUGCGCGCAAAUUACAGACUAUAUUUUUAACUCUUUAAAAAUAAGAAUAUUUUGAACUGUACAUAUAUAUAUACAAUAUAUAUAUUAUAUUCGUACGAUAUUGAUAACGAUGAUAUUCUCUUGUUCAGGUUUUAUAAGAGGGUGAAUGAAUGGAAAGAAAUGAGAAACAGUCUAGUGCGACGUAGAUAGAACAACGGCGGGGGCAGGGCAGUGAUAGAAAUGUUCACGCAUCGUUCUCAUUUUCGUUUCGUUCGAGAUUCGCGCGUUUACGAAUUACUAGUAUACGCGUCUCAAUUGGCGAAUGUGCAAUAUUACGAGUAAGGGGCUGAAUCAGAGGAUUCCAGCAGUAACCGACGUUUCGUUCCACGUCUCGAGCUUUUUCGUUUUCUCUUCGCGUUUCGUCGCCGCGUGUCGUUCGAAGGGUUCUACAAAGAGACAGAGGGAUCCAAUUAGGCCAAAGAAAAAAAAAGAACACGUACACUGGGAUGGGGAGGGAUUCUAAAAAGUAGUUCGCGCGAAACCGUCGAUCCACUGCCCUGUUCUUUUCGAAUUUUCGGUUCGCGUACAUGCCGUGAACGAACGUACAAGCGAGAGGAAACCCUAAAAAAAAAAAAGAACGUUGUUCAUCGUGCAACAUAUUCAGGUUUAGAACUCAGUAUAAAACGAAGAAAAAUGGAAAAAGAAUAAAGUUGAUGUUUUAUCGUAAUUAAGGGAUGGGGGUUUACAAACGAAAAAAAAAAGAAUAAUGAAACAAAGGAAAUGCCAUUAUAACUAACGAGCAAGUACAAAUUAUCGAGGAAAAAAUGAUAAAACAAAUUACGUCUACGUCUUAAUUCUUAGGUUUCGUAGUAGCGAAGAGGGGAAUUAAGGGAAGAAAAAGAGGGAAGAUAUUUGACGGGACAGGAUGGGUAGAAUUCGCGUGCGCGUGCGUCUUCUCAGGCUUUAAACGACGGAAUUAACGCGGAGAUAAACGGACAUAAAAACGGAAAGGGGAUUCAAAGGAACGAGGAACGCGGUUAAGAGAACGAGGGAAAAGAACGAGGUUUUCCAAAAACAUAUCUUCGAAACGAGAAGUAUACCGCGAACGAGAAAUACGAUUUUAGAUUUAGGUGUCUUCCGUUACGGGAGUUUUUAAAAUGAUUGCGUAUACAUUACGUAGAAUUAAAAAAAAAA